AUGUUCGUUCAAAAGCGAGUAUUCAAUGCUUGUCUAAAACAUUUAACACCUCGAAUUAGUCAUGAGCAAUCAUCAAUAGUUCGAGCAACAAUUCAAGUGCAAAGUGUUCGCCAUAAAACAGACUCACAAGAUGUAUCAAAAAAUACCGGAGGAAAAGUCAAAGGCCAUAUCAUCGGUAUUGAUUUAGGUACAACCAACUCAUGUGUUGCUAUAAUGGAAGGCAAAACACCAAAAGUAUUAGAAAAUGCCGAAGGUAUGAGAACAACACCCUCAGUUGUUGCUUUUUCAAAAGAUAAUGAUCGUCUUGUUGGUAUGCCUGCUAAACGUCAAGCAGUAACAAAUCCACAAAAUACAUUCUAUGCAACAAAACGUCUUAUCGGAAGAAAAUUCAAUGAUGACGAAGUUAAAAAAGAAAUGCAAAGCGUAUCAUUUAAAAUUGUUCGUGCAACAAAUGGUGAUGCAUGGGUUGAAGCCAAUGGGAAAAUGUAUUCUCCAAGUCAAAUUGGCGCUUUUGUUUUAGUGAAAAUGAAAGAAACAGCUGAAAGUUACUAUGGUUCACCAGUUAAAAAUGCUGUUGUUACUGUACCCGCUUACUUUAACGAUUCCCAACGACAGGCAACAAAAGAUGCUGGUCAAAUAGCUGGUUUGAAUGUCCUUCGAGUAGUUAAUGAACCAACAGCUGCUGCUCUUGCUUAUGGCCUUGAAAAAACCAAUGAUAAAAUUAUCGCUGUAUAUGAUCUCGGUGGUGGUACAUUUGAUAUCUCAAUUCUUGAAAUGCAAUCAAAUGUAUUUGAAGUACGUUCAACCAAUGGUGACACAUUUUUAGGUGGUGAAGAUUUUGAUAAUACAUUACUUAAACAUCUUGUUGCUGAAUUUAAAAAAGAAAGUGGUCUCGAUAUAACAAAAGAUCCACAAGCUAUGCAACGUUUAAGAGAAGCAGCUGAAAAAGCUAAAUGCGAAUUAUCAUCGGCUGCACAAACUGAUAUUAAUUUACCCUAUUUAACUAUGGACGCAUCAGGACCAAAACAUAUGAAUUGUAAAGUUACUCGGUCUCAAUUCGAAAGUCUUGUCGCUAAUUUAAUUAAACGAACCGUUGAACCAUGUAAAAAAGCUAUCAAAGAUGCUGAUGUUAAACUAACAGAUAUUAAUGAAGUUAUUCUUGUCGGUGGUAUGAGUCGUAUGCCCAAGGUUCAACAAACUGUACAAGAACUUUUUGGUAAAGCACCAAACAAAUCUGUUAAUCCCGAUGAAGCUGUUGCUAUGGGUGCGGCUAUUCAAGGUGGUGUACUUGGCGGUGAUGUAACUGAUCUUCUUCUUCUUGAUGUUACUCCACUUUCAUUGGGUAUUGAAACAUUAGGCGGAGUGUUUACAAAACUUAUUAACCGCAAUACAACUAUCCCAACAAAGAAGAGUCAAGUCUUUUCAACAGCUGCUGACGGACAAACCCAAGUCGAAAUUAAAGUACAUCAAGGUGAACGUGAAAUGGCCUCCGACAAUAAAAUGCUCGGAAGAUUUAAUUUAAUCGGCAUUCCACCUGCCCCACGUGGUGUCCCACAAAUUGAAGUAACGUUUGAUAUUGAUGCUAAUGGUAUUGUUCAUGUUUCUGCUCGUGAUCGUGGUACCGGAAAAGAACAACAAAUUGUCAUUCAAUCUAGCGGCGGUUUAAGCAAAGAUGAAAUUGAGAAUAUGGUGCGUGCCGCAGAAAAAUACUCAGCUGAUGAUAAGAAACGACGUGGAAUGGUUGAAGAAGUCAAUCGUGUUGAAUCAAUUUUGCAUGAUACAGAAUCAAAAAUGGAAGAAUAUAAAGAUCAAUUACCAGCCGAUGAAUACGCAAAACUCAAAGAAGGCGCUACUAAAUUACGCGAAAAAUUAUCCAAUAAAGAUAACGAAUCAGUUGAAAGUCUAAAAGAAGCAGCUGAUGAAUUUCAACGUCAAAGUUUGAAAUUAUUCGAAACUGCUUAUAAGAAGAUGCAAUCGGACCGUGAAAGUUCACAAUCUUCAUCCAGUAGUUCAUCUUCAUCAUCAUCCGAACAAGCGUCAUCGGAAGACGAUAAGAGCAAACAAGAACAACAAAAUAAAUAG